AUGAAGAAUGUUGUCCACUUUGAAUAUUUACAAGAUUUAAAACAUGAUGUCACAGAAUUACUGAUCACAGUGCAAUAUUCGCUGAUGCCGUCAUACUUAAAACCACCUUUGGCAAAAGAACAUAAAAAAGUUUGCAGGGACUACCUUAUGAAGUUCAGAGAAGUAUUUCCAGACUUGGGCAUCGCUUUGUUUAACGUAAGCGUAGAAACUGCAUGUCUGAGUUGAGAUGAGUGUGAUAUCUAGGGUCCAUGAUGAAAUCCUAUGCUUUCUCUUUCCAUCUCUUAAGGUGAUGUCACACGGGACGAGUCGCAAGGAAGAUUUUUAGCAAAACACAGCGUUGCUACAUUGUUGCGAAUGGUUACAAAUAUAUUGUUCGAGCAUUGCAACGCAGUGUUGUGCAAAAAAUCGUCGUUGCGAAUCGUCCUGUGUAACAUUACAUUAAACAGGUAGGACAGGGUCCGAUUGUAAAGCAUCGCGCUGCCCUUCCUGCUUGUUUGCAAUGUGUUUCAUUAAAAAGUGCAGAGUGUUGCAAAUUUGUGGAUAAAGGUUCAAAGUCGUCAAGAAUUUUCGAAAGUUUUCGUGAUGUGUUAAGACCAAGGUUUUCUGCACGCAACGAUUCAAUUGUGCUUAUAGUACCACAGUCAGAUGUUCGAUCAACUCGGUCAUGAUUGAUUCUUCUUUCUUUUCCUUUUUUUAGCUGAUCAAGUAAAUCUACCCGGAAUGUCUUUCCAGGCACAAAUUAAUCGCAUGAACGAGGACUUUCGAGAACAAAACGAAAAACUGAAGCAAUUAAAGGAACUGGACCUUUUCGUUUUAGACAAUUCCCUUCGAGAAAGCACUGUGGGACAACUUCGAGGCCAUACCAUCGAAAACAAAUGGAAAAUAUACAAUGAGGUGAGCCAGUCUUAUAUCUGACUGUUUCAUAUGAUUACUCUUUAGUGAAUACAAUUUGUAAAUUGAAGGAGUUCUGUUCCUUUUCUCAGUGCUCUUGCUCCUCCGUUUCCUCAAUCUGCCUCUUCCUCCUCACCGUUUUGCCUCUCCCUAUCUGCCCUUUCCUUCUUGUCUCCCGUUCACCUUUUCUGUUACUUACCUAGUCUUCUUUCCCUCAUCAAGCCCCUCUUUCCUUUCUCCUUGUUCUACUCCACCUCAUGCUCUCCUUCUCAUUCUACCGCCUCUCAAUAGCCGCUCAUCUUUUUCACGAUCAUUCUUUCACUUCUACUUCCCCCCGUCUUCUCCCACUCUUUUUCCUUUUCUUUAUCCUCUUCUCGCCCUCUUGCUCACACUUUCUCAUUCAUCUUCUCCUGAUUCUGUUCCUUCUUCGUUUAAAUCUUUUCCCUUCCACUUCCUUGCCUUCCUUUCCCCUCUUUGUGCCCCCACUCUUCUCUCCUUAAUCUUCUCCUCCUCCUUCUCCACCCCUCUCUUUCCCCUUUUCCUCUUUUUCUUUUCUUUCUCUUUCUUCUGCAUCUGCUUCCUCUUCGUCUCCCCGAGCCACUUCCCAUCGAUCUCCUUCUAUUAUCCAUACUCUUCUUCUCCUCUCUCUUCUGUCAUUCUUGCUACUAAUUCCAUCCACUCCAAACAUUACAAAACAAGAACGGGAACGCCCUAACUCCACAAUUUUUUGUUUCGUUAAUAUUCAACCGUAGGUGAAGAAGGUAGGCUUCCAGAAUAUCAUCGUCGCAUCGUUUAACCACAUGACCCGUCUGGGGGACACAUUCUGUCGUCAACUUAAAGAAAAAGGAGAAGACUUCAGUAAAUUUUUUGCCUUCACGGAGUUCGUUGAAUCUGUUGACAAAGAUAGAGCUCCCGAUAUUGUAACUGUUCCCAUUGGUUUCCAAAAAAUGAAAGAGUAUGGCAUCAAACAUGCUAUUAUUGAAAUUGACUUGGUCUACAGUGGAAUCGACUACAAGAAGUUUCCGCCCGAAGAUAUCAACAAUCUUCUGUGUGAUCGAAUGAGGUGGGUGAGAGAAAAUCUUUCCAAGGAUUCCCGCAUAUUCAUCAACCUCCGCGACUUUCCAGAGAGUAUGCUGAGGAAACCUGAACGAAUUUUUCAAGUUGUUCAUCACUUGUCCUCUUUGCCCUUAAGUGAGCGUCCCUUUGGUCUGAUGUACGAAGAACCAACUGGCAAGUCCAUGCCACAUGAACUCGCUGCCUGGACGGCGGCGGUUCGUAGAGAGAUGGACGAUUGUUGUUGGAAGGACGGUAAGCUAUUGGUGCAUGUCCACGAGCAAUGGGGAAUGGCUGACUGCACCGUGUUGGAGUGUCUUGCUAGGGGAGCAGAUGGUAUAUGGGCUAGUUUGAUUAAAGAAGGCGCCUUCGUCGGUCAUGCUUCCUCCAGCGUGACCAUAAUGAACUUGGUCCGUCUUGGAAAUGAAAAGGUUUUGCAACAGUUUAACUGUACAUACCUUCGUAAAGCCGCUCAAGAGAUCACUAGGAUCACAACUGGGUUUGAACCUCAUUCAACGCAGGUUGUGUAUGGUGAGAGAGCCCUUGAUAUGGUUCUCGGAAUUCCCAACUUGAAGCCAGACAAGCAAGAAUUUGACGUUGCCAAGUUCUUUGGAGAAGAGCCUCCAAUACGAAUAACUACCUUGGCCACACCUAAAAUGGUGGCAGAAAGACUUAAGCAUCUAUUUGGAGAGGAUCCCCAGUUCACGGAGGAAAUAGGCAUGAGAAUGAAAGAGGUCAUGCUGGAGGAUCUACACAACAACAGGAAGGAAGAAUACAUGAGCGCAGUUGGUCUUGCAGUUCUAUUUGACCGGUCUGGUGGCCAAUUAACCGCUAAGAUGAGCGACGUGAUCGCAGCGGAUGUUCCAAACGAGGCUCACGCUCAAAGAUUGAUCAACGAAAUUCGACAGAUGUGGGAUGAGUGGAAUCUUAGAGAGGAAUUCAAAGGAGAUGACGAGCUUGAGUUCGAUUCAUUUUACAAUGGCUUCAUGGCGCUCUAUUUUAGCUGCUAUAGGUGCGAUGAUACCAGGCGCGCUUUGAAGGCGAUUGACAUGGCUGAAAAUGGCAGAGUGGACUGGAAUGAGUUUGCACUCUACCUCAAAUGGGCCAUUCGUCAGUAUCCUCAGACAAUGACUGCAGAGCACCUCCUGUCCACUGCUUUUCGCAAGGGCAUCAUUCCAGCCAUGCAGGACGUGGUCAUUUCGCAAAACACGGAAAAAAGAAUCAUUCUCGAAAGACCUGGACAAAAACGAAAGGUUAAAAAAAAACCCUAG